AUGAUCUGGCUGGUGAAAAUGCGACGAAAAAUGAGGCACAACAUCGCGAUCAGGUUCAAUCGAGUGUUCAAUAUCAUCUUUAUCAAUAUCAUCAUCGUGCAGUGUACGGUCGGGCUUCAGCAAACGGCGGUCGAUAAGGAGAAACAUGUGAAAUCGUCCGAAAUUCAGGCAGUGGAAGGCCGCAAGAUCUCGCUGCCAUGCCCUUUAUCAGCACCGUCCAGGGAUAAAGUGUACAUGGUCCUGUGGUUCAAGGACGACGCUGGCAUUCCUUUGUACAGUUUUGACGUACGGGGGAAACCCUUACAGCAAGCACGCCAUUGGUCAGCGCCGGAGAUCUUCGGUCCACGAGCCCACUUUAAUACCGAUACGGAUCCGGCCACGCUCGAUAUACAGGACGUCCGGCGCCAUGACGAGGGUGUCUACCGCUGUCGGGUUGACUUUCGUACCAGUCAAACACAGAGCUUUCGAUAUAAUCUCAGCAUCAUCAUACUUCCUGAGCAUCCGGUAGUGCUCAGCCAAUGGGGUCAACAGCUGAACAGCUCCAAACUAGGACCAAAGGAGGAAGGUGACGAUAUCGUGCUCACUUGCCGGGUUGUUGGAGGCCGCCCCCAGCCGUCGGUCAAGUGGCUCAUCAACGGGAUCCUGGUGGACGAGCAGUACGAGCACAACUCGGGCGACGUCAUCGAAAACCGGCUGCUCUGGCCGGCGAUCCAGCGCUCCGACCUGAAUUCCAUCUUCACCUGCCAGGCAACGAACACGCUGCUGGUGGAGCCGAAGGAAAGCAGCUUCGUGCUGGAUUUACACCUGAAACCAUUGAGUGUGAAGAUAAUGAACCCGCAGACGCCAUUAGUAGCCGAUCGGCGGUACGAAAUCUCCUGCGAAAGCGUCGGUUCGAGGCCAAAUGCGAUUAUAACCUGGUACAAAGGAAAGCGACAAUUACGCCGUGCGAAGGAGGAAAUACUCAACAACACGACCCGGUCGGAGUUAAGCUUCGUGCCGACGACGGAGGACGAUGGCAAGCUGAUAACGUGCCGUGCCGAGAACCCGAACGUCACCGGACUGUUUCUGGAAACAUCCUGGAAGAUUGAAGUUGUCUACCCUCCGAUCGUGUCGCUGCGGCUCGGCUCCACGCUAUCGGCGGACGACAUCAAGGAAGGCGACGAUGUUUACUUCGAGUGUCACGUGCAGGCGAACCCUCCGUGGAGAAAAUUACACUGGCUGCACGACGGUGUCCUGAUAACUCACAACGCGUCCGCGCGGGUGAUACGGUCCAAUCAGAGCCUGGUGCUGCAGAAGGUCACCCGCAACUCGUCCGGAAAUUACUCGUGCAGCGCAAUCAACGCCGAAGGUGAAACGGUCAGCAAUCAGCUCGCGCUGCGGGUCAAGUAUGCGCCAGUGUGCGCGACCGAUCGGAUCAUCAUCGUCGGUGCGUUCCGGAGCGAGUCGUUGCAGAUACCGUGCGAGGUGCAGGCCGAUCCGCCGCCUCGCCAGUUCAACUGGAAGUUCAACAACUCGGGCGAAACGCUCAAGAUCGGCAAGGAGCGCUUCGUGAAGAACGGCUCGGUCAGCCUGCUCAACUACAUGCCGGUGAGCGAUCAGGACUACGGGACGCUCACCUGCUGGGGCCAGAACGAGGUCGGGACGCAGGACUGGCCCUGCUUCUUCCAGGUCGUCCUGGCGGGGCUCCCGUCGGCGGUGAAAAACUGCUCGAUAAACAAUCAAACGCAGCACUCGGUCGAGGUGCAGUGUCUGCCCGGGUACGACGGGGGUUUACCGCAAAUCUUCAUCCUCGAGGUGAUUUCCAGCCGGACGGGCCGGGUGCGGUACAACCUCACCAAUCCGGACGAGCCGUACUUUCUGGUGGAGUCGCUCGAGAACCUGAUUCAUUACGGGGCCGCGUACGACGACGUCGGCGACGACAACCCACUGAAAGCCAUCAUCUACGCCGUCAAUCAGAAGGGCCGCAGUCAAGGAGUCGUCGUGAAGGACUUCUAUCUUGAGAGCAGUGUCGAAAACCGCGCAGUGCUAACGAGCAGCUCGCUCGACAGCGUCUCGCCGAUCCUGUUCGGGGUGCUGCUGACGCUGCUGGUCCUGUGCUUCGUCAUCUUCGUGCGGGUGUACUACAUCAAAGCGACCGCCACCUCCACGACCACCAUCACCAACGUCAGUAAUGACUUAGUUAGUAAUUCAAAGCAGGGUAACAGCAAACAGGAUACCCUCGGCAAGAAAGCCACCAAGCAGAGCCCCCGCUGGCAGCAGGGCAACAGUGGGCCGGGCGGUGGAUACGGCGGUGCCGGAACCGGAUGUGGACUGAUCGUCGAUGGGCGAACGCGGGACGACAAGCUGGGCGCACCGGACGGGAUGGAGGACGAGCGGGACCCGGACGUGAUACCGGCGCAGUUCGUUUCCAAUGAUUCGGAAAGUGUGAGCUUCAACUCCUCCAAGUGGCCAAACGGGAACUUUUAUGACAGAUACCCAAACCAUGACAUACGACCAUCGGAGCUGCUGAUACCGUCCGCGGGAGCCACGAAUCAAUUACACCCGAAUGUUAAUCAACCGGGCGAUAGUAUUAAAUUAGGUCCGUACUACACGUCCGGCGGUAUGCUGACAGGGCCGGGCGGUGGAGGACUGCCGGUGUCGGCCAGCCAGACCGGGACACCGCUCGGGGGUGGAUCGUACCUUGCCGGGGUCUCCCAUCCACUGGACGGUGGCGGUUUGGACGGCGGAAUCGGAGGAAACGCACUGAUGUACAGCAGCACUGGCAGUGGUGGUGGUGGUGGUGGUGGCGGAGUUGGCCAUCAUCAAUCAACCCUGCUGCCAAACGGUGGCACCGGCACCGGAGUUAAUCCGAACGAUUAUGACAUCAAUGUACAUACCAUCAAAAAUAUGCUAAUGACGACCCGCGUGCCCGAAAGCUGCGUCUAGUUGCGUCCACCGGGAAU